UAAUCGUGUAAUAUCUUGGUAUAAUCACUCAAUGGGAAUGAAUGGCCAUGUAUUCGCAGUUGUACGGCAGAAUGGAUGCUCAGAAUCUGGAAAAGGGGGAAACGAGUAGCACCGGGAGUACUUUCUCAGAGGAUGACGACGAACGACUGGUACAUACUGUGCUGAUACCGGCAACAGAGAAGAAGACACGACCCAGGAAGUAUCUCACAAAACACAUGAAAUGUUAUCCAGAAUUGUACAGAAGCGACGUGUCGAUUCAUCCUAGCUACACCGGUCUUAAGAAUUUUCCUUAUUACGUCGUCUGCCGGCGUCGCGUGCAAACUAUCAAGAAACAAAUCAGACGUCAGCUGAACCGCGAAGUUAUGCAUUUCGCGAUGAUGCAGGUGUUCGCCAUCGAUAGCGUCAGAAUCGACCGUGUCUUCAGUGUCGGGAUGCCACCGAAGACAUUGAUUGUCCCCGAUUUGCUAAACAAGAACGAGAGGCGCCGUCUGAACAAGGUACUCGAGGCAUGAUGGCCAAAUUCUGUCCUACUCACGCACGAUUGUAUACGCGAGUGAAUAAAGGUGUUUUUGUACGUUGAAUAAA